CCUAGAUCUCCUACACCAACAACAGCAUCAUCAAAGCGCUGCCAGAUUAAAUAGACCAAAGACUCAUUUUCCUAGUUUCUUGCGAACAACGCUAUCGUCUCCACCCAUUAAUAGCCCGUCUCUAAGACCCGAUAAUCCGAAAGCAGACAACUGCAUCCACGAUGGCCGACGACGUGAAGACGUUGCCCCAGAGGUCGGGCACGAUCAUGACCAAGUCGAGCACUUUCAGCGAGUCUGCCGUCCCUGACACAGAUCCCGGAACCACCGCUGGGCUGCUUGCCGAGCGUCUGCAAGCAUGGAAGCAUGCCGUGGGCUACCUUGAGGAGUACAUGGGCGCCAUUGAGAAGAUCCACAAGGAGCAGUCUAAGGAGUACGAGAAGGUCAUGAAGACCAUCUCCAAGCCCCUGCGCGAGGGCCACCACUUCGACCAGAACCUCGGCGGCGUUGCCGGCUUCUAUGAGAACCUGCGUCAGAACACGCAGGCCCUCAUCAACACCAAUACCGAGACCGAGAAGAGCAUCAAGGGCUCUGUCCUGCCCAUCCUGGACCGCCUCCACAAGGAGAUCAAGAACAAGGCCAAGGAGCUGGCCAGCGGCGCGCAGAAGGGCGCCAAGGAGGUCGAGAAGGCCCGGAACACCACCCAGAAGCACAUCGAGCUUCUCGGCCAGCACGCUGCGUCUUUCGAGUCUACUGGUGGCAGGAUGAACCCCUCUGAGGACCCCUAUGUCAUCCGCCGGGGUGUCCUGCACCGCCUGAACAAGCAGGUCAUCGAGGAGAACAACCACCGCAACGAUCUCAUCGCGGUACAGGGCAACUUCCAAGACUUCGAGGCCCACGUCAUCCAGGUCCUUCAACAGGCCAUGGAAGUAUUCAACCAGUUCGCCGGCGGGCAGGCCGAGAAGACCCGUGCGCUCUACGCCGAUAUGCUCGGUGCCGCCCAGAGGAUCCCUCCGGACAUGGAGUGGCAGGCCUUCACCCAGCGCAACGCCGAUAUCCUCAUCGACCCCGAGGACCCUCCCAGGACGGUUGAGGCUAUCGAGUUCCCCAACCAGGGCCACAACUCGACCGAGCCACUUAUUGAGGGCAGCCUCGAGCGCAAGUCGCGGAACAAGCUGUCUUGGGGAUUCUCGACCGGCUACUAUGUGGUGACUCCUUCCAAGUUCUUGCACGAGUUCAAGACAGAUGACAAUGCGGCCAAGGACCCAGUCCCAGAGCUCUCCAUCUAUCUCCCUGAGGCAACCAUUGGCACCCCCAGUGGAGACAAAUUCAACGUCAAGGGCAAGGACAAAUCCAAGAGCAUGAGCAGCAAGCUCACGGGAACCUCUGAACUCUCCUUCAAGGCGCACACGGCAGCGGAUGCUCAGCGGUGGUUUGAGGUCAUUUCAAGGGUUGCGGGGGCCAAUUCGUCCGCAGGAAGCACACCCGCCAGUCCUGUUGUCGGCAGCGGUGAUUCUCCGGUAAUGAACGAGGCCCACGACCUUGGAGCAGAGAGGCCAGCAGAAGGAUCAGCGGGAACGGUUGGGACUAAUGACAUGACUGGACAGAAGCAGGAGCCCGCUGGACAAACCUCGGGGAUCACGGGCGAAGACACAGUUGCCAGCCCGACGGCUGUGUCGCCAUCAGACACUAAGGGUAAGGAAGCUGUGGACCACCAACAAACCAUCCCACCAUCUGCGGCGAACACGACUGAGACAAAAGCAACUGCCCCAGCAUCGGAAACUUAGGAAGCUACCAUCGAGACCAAUACGACCGCAGCCGAGGUUGAUGUGAAACCGUGGUACGAGAGCUAGGGAGACCCGAGAGACGAGUUGUAUGGCGGGGCGAGAGCCUGGGACAGCGAAGACUCCUGGGGAGCAACGGACGGCGGAGGGAGCGCGCUGGCGGCUCAUGACGGGAAUGUGUUCAACGAUGCGAGAGUGAGCCACUCUCAGCCAUGGAGGUUGAGGUAUCCCACGCCACGUGAUCUGAAGGAGCGCGUGGGAAGGACUCGGUCCUCAUACGACAGGGCCCAGGGCACAGCAUUCUGGUGGGACGUAUAGUAAGUCGGAUUACACAAGGUGGGAUGGCAGAGCUAUAGUAAGUGGCCGUAAUGACGGGCCAAGAGGGCGAGGGAAGGGUCUUUUGUGUUUCACACACCAACCAUAUUUAAUACUCAUUCGGUUACAACACGGCAGGGAGGUUUGAACAUCGGGUCCUGUCGCUCUUAUCGAUUCCCCCUUCUUCUCCCCUCCUAGAUGAGCAUACGCAGGACAAAUUUAGGCCUCCGCCCGACAGGGCACUUUUUCUA